AUGAAGACCACGUUCGCUGUUAUUGCCGGUUUGGCAUCAGUUACCUCUGCUCAGGUUACAGCUCUCAUCACUCCAACAGCAUCAGCACCUUCAGGAUGUGCUACUAGCUAUUCUGGCUCUUUUGAAAUCUCUGCUGUAAACGUCAGUAGUGUAGCAAAACGUUAUCAAAAGCGUGCCGACUGUUCAUCAUCCCUUGCCAUCACACUCAACGGAGGUGUUCUCAAAGAUCAGCAAGACAGAACAGGCUACAUUGCAUCAAACUCUCAAUUCCAGUUCGAUAAGCCGGCUCAGGAAGCAGCUGUAUACACCGGAGGCUGGUCUAUCUGUUCGAACGGUUCUCUCGCUCUCGGCGGUUCCGCAGUUUUCUAUCAAUGCUUGUCAGGCACUUUUUACAACCUCUACACCGAAUCUCAGGGUAAACAAUGUUCCCAAAUCUUUAUCCAAACAGCUUCAUGCAGCGCUGCAGCUGGAUCUGGUGUCGUCGGUCAAUCAUCUGAUGGCCAACCAACCGCCACGGCUAUCGCUUCCCUGUCCUCUGCAUCAAUUUCCCAAAUUUCAGAUGGGCAGCCACAAGCCGCGACUUCUGCUGUUUACAUUAGUCAAACCAGUGAUGGGCAAGUUCAAGUGCCUACCAAUGUUCCUACUGGUGCUCCAAUCACACAGAUUCCUGAUGGCCAAAUUCAAGGUGCAACAAGUACACCUGCCGGGGCUUCAAUUACACAGAUUCCUGAUGGCCAAGUUCAAGGAGCCACUUCGGUCGCAACACCACCAGCCAGUGCUCCUAUCAGCCAAAUCCCUGAUGGACAAGUUCAAGGCGCCACAUCUACGGCUGCGCUCUCCUCGGCAGUUAUCACCCAAAUUCCUGAUGGUCAAAUCCAAGCCACCAGCGCCGCCACACUCGUAACCAGCACUUCUUCUCUUGCCGGUCCAGUCAUCUCCCAAAUUCCUGAUGGACAAAUCCAAGCCCCCACCGCAACAAACACUACCUACUCUAGUGCAACAGCUACCCCAGUUACAUUCACUGGCGCUGCCAACAAUGUCCAAGUUGGUAGCUCCCUAGCUGCAGCUGUUAUUGCACUCGUUGCUGCUCUCUUGUAG